AUGUCGAGAUAUCAAACGAGGUCGAUCGCCAGCGCCGGGAGUGAGUCGAUCGGCAGUCACGGUAGCCCUCGCCAACGAUCGACAUCCGCGCGCGAAGAACGCUCAGCUUCGAACCCUGCCUCUUUUUCGUUGGAAACGAACCAAUAUGAUACCGCCUUGCCCCCGAUCAACUUCCACCACGCCCCACUCGCACAUCGUCGUACCGGGAGUACAUUAAAAACCGUCAUGCGAAAGAUAUUCAACAGGAAAAGACAAAGCCAGGCCGAUGGUGUCGAGGAGAGCCCGGUCGAGUCCUACUUUUCGUCCUCUACUGGGCGUCAGUCAAAUCCGAUUGAGGGGAAAUCCUUCCUAGCCGUCCCUACACCUUCAGAAUCCAAGCGGAGUAGUCCACUGUCGGAGGAGAAUCUCAAUCUCGCAGAGAUUCACCUCUCUCCCUCCGCCUCGAGUCAUGACUGCCUGAGUUCAAGUGGAGUGGCUGGAGUGGCUGGACGGAGGCGGCGGGCGACUCUGCCCAGUGUGAUCUUUUCAGACGACGAGUCCCGUUAUGCAGUUGCUUCGGCUAUUUCAGACCCCCACGAGGACCGGCCACACAUGUCUGACCCCCAAUUAAGGCGCAGCAUUCUUCAAGAACGACGAAGAUCGAGAAGUACGGAUGCUUUGCGGGAAAUGGUUGUGGAGCGACCAAUGUCAGCUGCAGCUUUGCCGACUUGGACAACCUCACUGCCAACUCCCGCGCCGCAGGCUCGAACUUCCCCUCUUGAAGACAGUUCAGCGAGUGACCCCUCUGCUAGACCAUCUACCGGAACAACAGUGACUAGUGUCACUCGUGGAUCGGUCGCACCAUCCCUCAUCGAAUCCGAUCAACAUGCGGAUCAAAUGAGCCUUCCGCCCAACAUGAGCAGUCUGGUUCAUAGCAUGCAACAAGACGCCGGUUUGACUGUUGAGCAGCGCCUGAAUACUAUCGAGGUCAAGAUGAUCGACUUGGAAUUCGCUAUAGCUCGCAUGCAAAGUAGCUCAGCCAGUUCAAAUGAGAACCCGCACACAGAACGAUCAUCUCGACAGAAGCAAACCCCAUCUUCCGAUUCCCUGACACCUAAUAUGCGCACUAAGACCUCUGGAACGGCUAGAUCAGUCGACCGUGAUGAGUCCCCAAGUCCCCUGGCAGCUCUCCCAACGAUACGACCAUCAAGCACUAGCACUAUUCGCCCCGACACAAUGAACUCCCGCAUCCUGCGACCCGCUCCAUCCACAACAUCCCUCUCUGAUUUCAACGGUGUUUCUAUUGAGCAAUACAGCACAUUGGUUACACUUCUUCGUCGCGAACAAACAGCCCGAAGGAAUCUAGAAAGUCAAGUUGCCGGCCUACGCGAUGACCUGCGCCACAUCCAGCGCGCAGCACUGCACUCAAUGGAACUCGGCACAAUGUACCCAAUUCACAGCGUCGAUUCGCAGGAAUUCCUUCGGUUUCGUCGCGCCCUCGAUGACUCGGAUUCAUCGUCGCCUAUCCGGCCAGACGAAAAGCAUAGCAUUGCUUACGAUAAUGCCUCGGACUGGGAUCCCCAUGGACAUGCCGAUGAUCCGUUUUCGAAGUGGGAGCCUGGAAAACGACCAGUGGCCCCGUCCAUGAUUUAA